UCGACCAACAACAAAAUAUAUCGUUCAGAAACAUUUUCGCGCUGGUAAAAACGUUCUUUACGGGUACAGGGAAACAUGUCGGUCGUGAACGGACCCACCGCCGAUGCAGACGAUGUGAUUUUCGGCGACGUCGCUUCGCUGAAAAGCCGAGUGCGAUCCCACACCGACCCGGGUAGAAAACCCAUCGGGAAAGACGACGGAGACACCACCGAGGACUCCCAGAAUGGCGACGGGGGACGAGGCAGAGGGAGGCCGCCGCUAGCCAGGGUCCAGUCCUCGCGAGAUAUCGACAUCGUCGAGCGAACGCGUUCCGUGGACCAGAUGAAUCGGGCGCUCCCCGACAUGGAGGCGGCGUACCACACGAUUCUAAGCAGCGUGGGGGAAGAGCCGACCCGCCAGGGCCUGUUAAAAACACCCAGCCGAGCGGCCAAAGCUCUCAUGUACUUCACUAAGGGCUACCAGGAGGACCUACAAGAGGUAGUGUCUGACGCGAUAUUUGAUGAGGACUGUGACAACAUGGUUAUAGUGCGCGAUAUUGAGUUGUUCUCGCUAUGCGAGCAUCACCUGGUCCCAUUCAUGGGCAAGGUUUCAGUGGGAUAUCUACCAAACAAAAAGGUGCUUGGACUGAGUAAAAUUGCCAGAAUAGUGGAGAUGUACAGUAGGAGAUUACAAGUUCAGGAGCGGCUGACGAAGCAGAUUGCCCUGGCCCUGAGCGAGGCCAUCCAGCCUGCUGGGGUGGCAGUCGUGUGUGAAGCAACGCACAUGUGCAUGGUGAUGCGUGGGGUUCAGAAACUCAACAGCAAGACGGUCACCAGUUGCAUGCUGGGAGUGUUCCGAGAAGACCCCAAGACGAGGGAAGAGUUCCUGACCUUGGCGAGGGGAUGAGAAGG